AUGCUAUACACGUUAUGCUUUCUUGUUUUUUCAACUCUACCACAUCUUGUAGUCCCUGCAGAGACCUCUUAUGGAGCAAUAGUAGAGCUAGUGUCAGGUCAUUCCCGGGUCUUCUCUGGGGAACGCCUCCAGCUCAAAUGCAGGAUUCCCGAUGGCCGCAAAUCCACCUGGAAUUAUUUGUGGUUCAAAGAAUCGAAGCGGUUAGAGCACGACAGUGAAAUAUUGACGCUGCAGGGCUCCUUUGAUGACAAUGGAGCGUUUCAGUGCCAAGGAGUCAGGGACACUGCUGUGGGAAACAUAUACACGCUCAAAAGUCCACCUCUGGACAUAAAUGUGGACGGAGGUUGGGCAAUUCUCCAUGUCCAACAACUUCCCGGCAUCGUCAACGAGAACUUAAAUAUAACCUGUCGCCUUCGUGGACGCCCACGACUUCACGAGGUGAUUUUGUACAAAGAUGGUGUGGAAGUCGUGCGGCAAAGUGGGUUUAACCCACGUUUGAGCUUACCCCGCUUGAGACUAGAGGACCAAGGACUCUAUUCCUGUAGGGCCUCGUGGGAUGACCGCAGACAAACUCAUUCAGCAAUUUCCAAUGACGUUAAAGUAAAUGUCUUAGAGGUUCUGACAAAACCCGUGUUGGAGAUCCUUCCAGACAACGACCUGCUUUUUGCGGACCUGAUGAAUAUCUCUUGCAGUCUUCAGUACAACGCCCGUUUUCCGGCACCUCCCAUACACUACUACUUCUACAGGGAUAACAAGCGGUUGGGACCGGCCACCUCUGAGAACUUUGACCUGGUCAAACGGAGACCGGGUCUGUACAGCUGCAAGGCCAAGGUGCCCCAACUUGGCCUAUGUAAGUGGAGUGAGUCCACACAGUUUGAAGAGUGA